AUGGCCGAAAUAACCCCACAACCACCCACAAUCAACGGAUCCUGUCUCUGUGGAACAAUCAAAUACCACAUCACCGGAAGCCCAGCCCUCAAGAUACUCUGCUACUGCCAAAACUGUCGGAAAUCGACCGGGUCGUUGGGGAUGGCCAACAGCAUAUAUCACCGCUCGAAUCUAACCAUAUCCCAAGGCCACGAUACACUUCGCACAUACAAGGAUAGCGCAACUGAUAGCGGCUCACCUGUUGACAGGUCAUUCUGCGGGAAUUGCGGGUCGAAUCUCUUCUGCGAGAACAAGGAGAAGGGGCCGGGACUUGUGAUCGUGACAUCGGGUACGAUGGAUUUGGAGGAUGGACAAUCUUGGCAGCCGGUGAUGGAGUUUUAUUGCAAGGAUAAGAAGACUUGGUUGGAGACGAACCUGGAGACGAAGAAGUUUGAAACUGUUCCGGCGGCGUUAGAAAAUCUGUGA